AAACGGCCAGAUCUCCGAUUCAGCUAGUGAGUCACAGAGGCUCCGAGUUCGAACCGAGUCAGCGAAUUCUAGGGUUUCAGAAGCGAUGAGCAGAUUCAAAACCCUAAUUGUGAUUGUAGGGCUGAUGUGUACGGCCGCUGAUUCGAUGCGGUUCGACCUCACUUCAGGUGGCACAAAGUGCAUAUCGGAAGAUAUCAAGACCAACGCCAUGAGUGUCGGCAAGUACAGCGUCAUCAAUCCGAACGAGGGGUUCCCUUUGCCGGACACGCACAAGAUUACAGCUCGGGUUUCUUCUCCGUACGGGAACAAUUAUCAUACUGCGGAUCAUAUAGAAUCUGGUAAUUUUGCUUUUACUGCAGCUGAAGAAGGUGACUACACCGCUUGCUUCUGGGCGCCUGAUCACAAGCCUCCAUUAACAGUAACUAUUGAUUUUGAUUGGAGAACUGGUGUUGCUGCUAAGGACUGGUCCAAGGUUGCUAAGAAAGGGCAGGUUGAGGUGAUGGAACUGGAGUUGAAGAAGCUGUACGACACAGUCACAUCCAUUCAUGAAGAAAUGUUUUAUCUUCGUGAGAGGGAGGAAGAAAUGCAAGAACUUAAUCGAGCAACCAACUCUAAGAUGGCCACAUUUAGUUUCCUCUCACUCUUAGUUUGCCUAUCAGUGGCCGGAUUGCAAUUAUGGCACCUGAAGACAUUCUUUGAAAGGAAGAAGCUCCUUUAGUUUCUACCCUUCAAUAGAUCAUGCAGUUCUCUUCUCCGCUCUUUUAGCUAUUUUCCCAUAGCACUGAUUCAUGUAUCACUUGUGAUGCGUUUGGUACUAAACAGAAGCAGACCCUAGAAAUGAUCCCAUAUUUGGAUCACAAUGUAACUGAUAUUUUAUUGAAAUCUGACAUCUUAAUAUUAUGAGAAUUUUGUGGGUUGGUGUGAGGACUA